CGAAAACCGGAAGUGGCUCGUGACGGGCACUCGGAGCAGUUCCGGCGAGUCUGGGGGUGGGGUCCCCACCUUCGCGCCGAGAACCCGGGCGCACGGAGUGGGGGAGGUACCGCGGCGAGGCUCACACUCCCUGCCCUACAGAUGACUGUCCACAACCUGUACCUGUUUGACCGGAAUGGAGUUUGUCUGCACUACAGCGAGUGGCACCGCAAGAAGCAAGCGGGGAUCCCCAAGGAGGAGGAGUACAAGCUGAUGUACGGGAUGCUCUUCUCUAUACGCUCGUUUGUCAGCAAGAUGUCCCCGCUAGACAUGAAGGACGGCUUCCUGGCCUUCCAAACUAGCCGUUACAAACUCCAUUACUACGAGACGCCCACUGGGAUCAAGGUUGUCAUGAAUACUGACUUGGGCGUGGGACCCAUCCGAGAUGUGCUCCACCACAUCUACAGUUCGCUAUACGUGGAGCUGGUGGUGAAGAAUCCCUUGUGCCCUCUGGGCCAAACUGUGCAGAGUGAGCUCUUCCGCUCUCGAUUGGACUCCUACGUUCGCUCUCUGCCCUUCUUCUCCGCCCGGGCUGGCUGAAGCACCCUACCUCACUCAGAAGAAUCUGUCUGCCUGGGGCCCUUCCUAACCUGUGCCCCUUGAGGUCCCCCACUGUAAGACCCUCCACCUACACCCUCCUAGGGCAACACCCUAAAGACCUGCCCUGGUGCCCUCCAUCACCAGAAUGAAGCCCACAGAAAUCUUCCAUCUCCAAACCAGCCCCUCUUUCCAGUUUUAUCCCCUAUCUGAUGCUGUGAGAAGCACAGAAUAAACGUUUUGUCACCCUC